AAGUCCAUCUGUUAAACCCCCCUCCCCCAUCACCCUCACUUCCUUAUGCAACACAAUAAUCGGGUUUGGAGUCUGGAUUCUUGUCCACACAGACGCUGGGCUUCACUUGUCCAGAGAAGGCUCAAAGUACAUUUCUCCAUUGUUUCAGUGAUUUAAGAGUUAAUCCAUGGGGAGCAUCUCAGGAGUUUCACUUCUGCUUCUGGUGGUGAGUGUGUCCUUCCUGACAAGUCCCAGUGUCCAGGGUGGAAAGAUUCUGGUAUUCCCGGUGGAUGGCAGCCACUGGGUCAACAUGAACCUGCUGAUCCAGAGCCUCCAUGAUAAGGGCCAUGAGGUCACUGUGGUCCGCACAGCCACUAGCUGGUACAUCAAAGAAAACGCACCACAUUACCACUCCAUCACUGUCACCCUACCAGAAGCCAUCGCCAUAGAGGAGCAGGACUUCUUUGUAACUUUCCUGGUCAAGAUGCUGACAGUUCAGAAACAGGGGGCAACUCUUAUUGGCUUUGUGAACUUCUACUGGGAAAUGCUCAGUGCGCUGUCAAAAAUUCACCAACAGGCCAGCCUGUUGGGGGUAGAAAUAUUUGAGAACAAGACUUUAAUGCAGAGUAUUCGUGAUGCUCAGUUUGACAUGGUUCUUCUGGAUCCGGGAUUGCCUGUGGGAGUUCUGGUGGCUCAUGAACUUAAGCUACCAACAGUUUUUAAUGUGAGAUGGAUCACGAGCGGAGAAGGGCAUUUUGUGGUAGCUCCAUCUCCAUCAUCCUAUGUUCCAACUUCAGGAUGCGCCGUGUCAGAUAAGAUGACCUUUGUGCAAAGGGUCAAGAACGUAUUCCACUAUGCCCUCAACACAUGCAUUGACAAGUUUAUAGUAUGCCCUCACUAUGAUAGACUGGUAGACAGGUAUUUUGGUCCAGAUGUGAACUUCUAUCACCUUCUACAAGGAGCAGAUAUCUGGCUCAUGAGAGUGGACUUUGUCUUUGAAUUCCCCAGACCUACCAUGCCAAACAUCGUCUACAUUGGUGGUUUUCAGUGUAAGCCUUCUGAGCCUUUAUCAUCAGAGCUGGAGGAGUUUGUUCAAAGUUCAGGAGAGCAUGGAUUCAUCCUGAUGUCUCUUGGUACACUGGUCAAAGGCCUACCUAUAGAGAUCACUUCCGAAAUCGCUGCUGCUUUUGCCCAAAUUCCUCAAAAGGUCAUAUGGAGACAUGCCGGUGAGCCCCCCAACAAUUUGGGCAACAAUACCCGACUGGUAAAAUGGAUGCCCCAGAACGACCUCUUGGGUCACCCGCAGAUUAAAGCCUUUGUGGCCCAUGGUGGUACUAACGGGAUCUAUGAGUCCAUCUUCCAUGGGGUACCGAUAGUAGGCAUACCACUUCUGUUUGACCAGUUUGAGAACGUUUUGAGACUGGAGGCACGAGGAGCGGCUAAGGUGGUGGAUGCGACCAAACUCACUCGCCAGAGCUUUCUGGAAGCAAUUCAAGAAGUUCUUCACAAUCCCACCUACAGAAAUAACAUGAAGCGUCUCUCUGCUCUCCAUCUGGAUAAACCAAUGCAUCCUCUUGAGACGGCCGUUUACUGGAUUGAGUUUGUUAUGAGGCACAAAGGAGCUUCACAUUUACGCACUGAGUCUUAUAAGAUGCCCAGGUAUGCCUAUUAUUCUGUGGAUGUUAUAUGCUUUUUGUUAGCAAUCUUGUUGAUGACGACAGCUAUAGUAGUGGGCUCAAUACGAUUCCUUUGCUUUCGACUGUGCAGGAGGAGAAAACCCAAGCAGGAGUAGUUACUGAGUCCUCACAUCUAGUGUUGGGUACUGUUCACAUUAGAACCGAUACCGGUACCUGGAAUUCGGUACAUUUUUCGGUACUUUACUCUCUCUGUAAUAAAAAAAAUGUGAUUUCAGUUGUAAAAACUACAAUAGUAAAAAUGUUAAGCUAACAUCAACCAAUACGGUAAAAAAAACCAAAAAAAAAACCCAGUUAUCUCCAACAACAACUUAUCCAACUAGCUAA